AUGGCGACCCCUCGGGCCAUGGGGCUCCUGCCGUGGAUCGUGCUAGUUCUGUUCGCUGUCCGCGCCGCAGGCUUCUAUCUUCCCGGCGUCGCUCCGGCGGACUUCCAGAGGGUGAGUUUUGCGAUCCCUUAGGUUUUCCGGGAUCUGGUGGAUCUCGAUGUGGAUUUCAUUUGGCGGAAGACUUUCUGUGUUGGCUGUCGGCCUUAGUCCUACCUUGGUCCUUUCGUGGAAUCGAAUAUUCGUGCUUAUGUUCGUGGAGUUGGCGGGAUUGUUUUUUUAACGGUAUGGUGUGGUGAGAUUUCGUGCUGCGGCAAUUCUCACGGGGAAGUACGGCAGAUUGGACACUAGUUCCUCUAUUAGGUUUAACGGUCGUUAGAGUCUACAGCGGAAGACAGUUCUCUCGGUCGUCACAAGUUAGGGUUUGUCUACUUUGUUUCGUCAAUCUAUUUAUUGCCGAUAUCUUUUAUUAUGCGUUCGAGCCAAAGCAGUGGUUUUUAUUGGUCGAAAUACUUUUGAGCUCUGCUCUAUGUCUCUAUGGUCGCAAAAAAUCAUAAUUUGGAGUUCUAGUAGAGUUUGUGAAAUAUUUGAAAAGCGUGGCCAGAUUUCAAUCUAGAAAGAGGGUCAAAGAGGAAGCAUUCAAAAGUUUUUUUCAGCCUCUGAGCCACGCUCAACAACUGAGAAAGAAGCAUGAGAGAGGUGAAGGACUCGUUGGAAAAUGGCAACACAAGAUAAGAGUAAAUUAUAUGGUAACUUAAGGCAGUUACAUACGACCCCUGAUAGAGUGGGAGUUCUAGAUCCUAUAGAAACAGUUAUUACUUCAAUCAGUGCCAGUAGUCUUCUUUGUUGUCUCUCUUUAUUGGCUGGAUCAAGAAAUGGAUUUCCAUAUUUUUGGCUAGUGAAUAAGUGGAAAGGUGCAUAUGCUGGAACGGAAAAGGAAAACAAUUAGUAAACUACAGAGAAAUAGGCAUACACUGUAAAUAAUGAUGAUAUUUGGUUGAUUCGAUUGUAUCUUUAGAGGCUUUUGUAUUUUUAAAUCAGAGGGAAUUCUCUGUUGAUUGUUAAUUAUUAGUUUCCGAUUUUCUCUGGAGGGCAAUGAUAAAGAAUAUAUUCAUGAUGUGAUCGAAUUUGAAAUUUUAAUUCGAUUGGAGUCAAUGAGCUUGUCCUAUCAUAUCUCAAAUGUAUAAAAACUUUCUUAAAUUAUGGUCACCAUUUAACAUCUUUGUUCUAUCACCUCUGAAAGAUGCGGUUCUCAUCGAAAACGUGGGUAUGUUGAAGGCUUUAAGGUUUUUGAUAGCUUUUAAAGUAAUGCUUGUUUUAGUGGUCAUUGUAGGUGUUAUGGAAUGACAUUGGUAGCGAGAAAAUGAGCAGGUGGCUGAUGACAUUUUUGUCAAUAUAGAUGUGUUUGGUGGUUGUGGUAACCAGUGGGAGCCGUCAGUGAACAUAAGUGCAAGGUGUCGUGUAUUGGUGGUUAGGGCGUAUGUGCGAACAGUCAUAAGCUGUGGGUGCAGAGAUGACGGCAGUGGUGUGGAAGGAUUGGAGUAAGAAUGGUCGUGUAGUAGCAAGCAGCAGUGAGUAGUUAGUGAUGGUGUUUAUGAGUCAUGACGAUAGGCCAUUGGUGAGGGAGGGGGGGGGGGUGCACAUUGUUUGGCGGCGUGUAAUCAGAGUGCUGAUAUUGGCAGGUAACAGAUAUAUGCACAACUGUACUUUUUGUAAACUUUCGGUAAAUCUCCGAACUAUACUUUAAUUUUUAAAGCUUUCUAGCUCAUUUAAGUUGAAACAAAAAAAAAGAAGAAGCAUAUUCUACGCUUCAGAUUUGAAACAGGGUGCUUGCCAAAUAGUAUGAGCCGGAUCAUUGCCUUACUUAUGAUACAAGAGCUCGAAUAGGUAUCAUGAAAAAUAGAAAGUGAUGUCAACGUACGUUUGGUUUCAAUUACUCAGUACUUUUAUUUCUGAAAUAAAAAUUUAUUGUGCGAUAAAUUUUUUCGUGAAGUUAUUCUUUGCAAAAUUUCUUCAAGGAGAAAGGAAUUUCCUGCUUUCAAUAGUCAAUUGCCUUCAGUUUCAUUAUUUCCAUUUCCAGAAUGUUAUAGCGAUUUAUAAUUCGUAUGAAAAUUCUUUAAUAAGAGUGAAAUAAUCAUAAUAAAUAUCGCGUGUCAUUUCUCUUUUUUAAUGUUCACAUUUACUAGUUUCAUGGUUUAUGCAAAACUUGUGUAAGUUAGUUUUUUUGAAAAAGCCACGAGACCACCCUCUGAAACUCUUUGGUGCUAUUUCUUAUGAUUCUUGGAUGCAGAAAGACAUAUUGAUGGUGAAAGUGAACAAGCUGACAUCAGUGAAGACCCAGCUUCCAUACUCGUAUUAUUCUCUCCCCUACUGCCAGCCUGAGGCUAUAAUCGACAGUGCAGAAAAUCUUGGGGAAGUUCUCCGAGGCGAUCGCAUAGAAAAUUCAGCCUAUGUGGUUAGCUGCAUUUCUGAUCUCCCUUCCUUAUAAUCAAUCCUAAAAAAUCCUAUGGAUGCGUGCUUCUUCUAGCUGAAUUUUUUUUUUUUUCUUCAACAGUUUGAAAUGAGGGAGCACCAACAGUGCAGUAUCGUCUGUAAAAAAAAACUCAGUGAAAAAGAAGCUAGUGAGCUGAAAGGAAAGAUUGAAGAUGAAUAUAAAGUCAAUAUGUAAGGCAGUUCUUUCCACUUUCUUAGGUGAAUGGGUUAAGCUUCCAUGGAGUUACUAAUGGUGGGUAUCGGUGUAUUUCAGGAUCCUUGACAAUCUUCCUCUGGUUGUACCUGUGAAAAGGUUCGGUCAGGAGGAUUUCAUAACAUAUCACCUUGGCUUUCGUGUUGGCAUGAAGGGUCAUUACGCCGGGGUAAACACUGGCCUCAUCAAGAGAAGAAAAAUUUGAUCUUUUGUAGAAAAUUAAUGGCUAUUAUAAACCGUUCUUGAAUUUCUUGUGCAGAGUAAUGAGGAAAAAUAUUUUAUACAUAAUCACUUAUCUUUUCUGGUCAAGUAUCACAAGGACGCAGAGUCAGAUCUUGCUAGAAUUGUGGGAUUCGAAGUCAAUCCCUUCAGGUAUAUGCCAUAAUUUUUCUAGUAGAUUAGCGUUGACCUUUUUGGAACACAUGAGCUCCUCUCUCUCAAACCCUUUUGUGUUGUUUUUCUUCAGUGUUAAACAUGAAUAUGAAGGGGAAUGGAAUGGCAAUAAAACCCGUUUGACCACUUGUGAUCCCCAUCUCAAACGUUCGGUGGUGAAUUCUGAGAAUCCUCACGAAGUGGAAGCUAACAGCGAGAUCAUAUUCACAUUUGACGUCGAGUUUAAGGUGAGUUUGGCCCCUUUAUCUCCAGAUUCUGAUAUAGAUGAGCUUCUUGCCACUGCUUUCAUGCCUUCUUUCUGGUUUGCAGGAGAGUGAUGUUAAGUGGGCUUCUCGAUGGGACACGUAUCUUCUAAUGGCGGAUGACCAGAUCCACUGGUUCUCGAUCGUGAAUUCUCUGAUGAUCGUCCUCUUCCUCUCGGGCAUGGUCGCCAUGAUUAUGCUGCGCACACUGUACCGCGAUAUCUCCCAGUACAACCAGCUGGAAACCCAAGAGGAAGCCCAAGAGGAAACCGGGUGGAAGCUGGUCCACGGUGAUGUCUUCCGACCGCCCACGAACUCCGACCUUCUCUGCGUCUAUGUGGGCACAGGUGUGCAGUUCUCCGGGAUGAUCCUGGUGACGAUGCUGUUCGCCGUCCUCGGCUUCCUCUCCCCCUCCAACCGCGGCGGGCUGAUGACGGCGAUGCUCCUGGUUUGGGUCCUCAUGGGGUUGACCGCUGGGUACUCCUCGGCCCGGCUCUACAAGAUGUUCAAGGGCACAGAGUGGAAGAAGAUCACCCUCAAGACGGCCUUCCUCUUCCCGGGAGUGGUGUUCGUGAUAUUCUUCUUCUUGAACGCCCUCAUCUGGGGGGAGAAGUCCUCUGGGGCCGUCCCCUUCACAACGAUGUUCGCCCUGGUCUUCCUCUGGUUCGGCAUCUCCGUCCCUCUGGUCUAUGUGGGCAGCUACAUCGGUUUCAGGAAGCCGGCCAUUGAGGACCCCGUGAAGACCAACAAGAUCCCCAGGCAGAUCCCCGAGCAGGCGUGGUACAUGAACCCGACCUUCUCGGUGCUCAUCGGAGGGAUCCUACCCUUUGGGGCGGUGUUCAUCGAGCUCUUCUUCAUCCUCUCGUCGAUCUGGCUGCACCAGUUCUACUACAUCUUCGGCUUCCUCUUCCUGGUCUUCAUCAUCCUCAUCAUCACCUGUGCCGAGAUCACCAUCGUGCUCUGCUACUUCCAGCUCUGCAGUGAAGACUACCACUGGUGGUGGAGGUCGUACCUGACCUCGGGCUCGUCGGCGCUCUACCUCUUCCUCUACGCCACCUUCUACUUCUUCACCAAGCUAGCGAUCACAAAGCCGGUCUCCGGGAUUCUCUACUUCGGCUACAUGCUCAUUGCCUCCUACGCCUUCUUCGUCCUCACGGGCACCAUCGGGUUCUACGCGUGCUUCUGGUUCACGAGGCUCAUCUACUCCUCUGUGAAGAUCGACUGA